AUGUCAAAUAAUAAUUUUAUUUUAUUACAAGAUCAAGAAAAUUCAAUACUACAAGAACAAGAAAAAUUUAUUUUGUAUUCUAUAAUCGAGUUUUCUUCGGAUGAGGAAAUUUUAUCAAAGUAUAAUGAAGAAUAUCUCAAAUCAAAAAUAAGAACACCAAAUGCCUUUAUACUAUAUAGAUCUCAAAUUUCUCAAAACUUUAAAUAUAUGAGAAUACUACAAAUUAAAUUAUCUA